CGGCACACCUAAUCGAACAGUCCACUGCGCGCGCACAUGAUGCGCGAGGCUUUUGUCUCGCUGCAAGGGCUCGCAGACAUGAUGAUGCGCGCGCACGGUCACCGGUCGCGCGCCCCGACGUCUGGCAGGCCACGGAGGCACGACAAAGAGAGAACACGUUUGGACAAAAAGGCAGCCAGCGGCUCCAUCUCGCGGUGCUGCAGCCCUGCAUCGCAUCCAUCAAGUAAGCGUGCGUUACGUGGUGGCCUGACCUGACCACGCAGAGGCUGCUGGUCAGGAGAGGCAACGCGCGGCGCGGAUGGCGCCCCCGACGGCGGUCCUCCUCCUGCUGAUGGUGACCGCCGGAUGCCUCGCCGACGCGCGGCCGCGCCCGGCCACUGACGGCGCCCGGCGCACGCUCCUCGCCAACGGGCUCGGCCUGACGCCGCAGAUGGGGUGGAACAGCUGGAACCACUUCCAAUGCGACAUCAACGAGACCGUCGUCCGGAGCACCGCGGACGCGCUCGUCGCCACCGGCCUCGCCAAGGCAGGCUACACGUACGUGAACCUAGAUGACUGCUGGGCAGAUUACCAAAGGACCAAAGAGGGGCACAUGGUCGCUAAUCCCAAGACGUUCCCAUCGGGGAUCAAGGCCCUGGCGGAUUAUGUUCACAGCAAGGGGCUCAAGCUUGGCCUCUACUCUUCAGCUGGGACAAGAACCUGCAGCGACAGGAUGCCUGGAUCCCUGGGCCACGAGGACACGGACGCCAAGACCUUCGCGUCAUGGGGUGUUGACUACCUGAAGUAUGACAACUGCUACAGAGACGGCACGCCUGAAACCGUGAGGUUUUCGAGGAUGUCUCGCGCGCUCAAGAGCUCCGGCCGCUCGAUCUUCUACUCCCUCUGCGAAUGGGGCUACAUGGAGGUGGCGAAGUGGGGCGGCGCCUCCGGCAACAGCUGGAGGACCACCGGCGACAUCAACGACACAUGGACACGCAUGCUGGACAACAUCGACCGGAACGACGCCUACGCCCAGUACGCCAAGCCCGGCGGCUGGAACGACCCUGACAUGCUGGAGGUCGGCAACGGGGGCAUGACCUACGACGAGUACGUCGUGCACUUGAGCCUGUGGGCGAUCGCCAAGGCUCCUCUGGUAAUCGGGUGCGACGUGACGGGCAUCUCCAAGGAGGCGCUGGGGAUCCUCGCUAACGCAGAGGUCAUCGCGAUCAACCAAGACCGGCUCGGCAUCCAGGGAAAGAAAGUGACCAAGUAUGGCAACGAUCUUGAGGUGUGGGGCGGGCGGCUCACCCGGCACAGGAAGGCGGUGCUGCUGCUCAAUCGCGGCGCGACGCGCUCGGCGCCCGUCACCGCGGCGUGGCCGGACGUCGGGAUCCGCCCCGGCGUCGCCGUCGAGGCCAGGGACGUCUGGAAGCACGAGACGCUCCCGGGCAAGUUCACCGGCAGCCUCACGGCGGCGGUGGAGCCGCACUCGUGCAAGCUCUUCGUUCUCACGCCCGUCCCGCGCUGACGACGGCAGCUUGGAGAAACCAUGGAGAUGGAGCGGUCGGGCUGUUGAUCGAGCAAGAAGACUUGUAGUACGAUUUGAAAUUAUGAUAGUGACCACUAGUGCGGUAGCAAGAAAGCUCGCCAGUGCAUGUGAUGAUUUUCAGAGCUGAGGAAGAGAGAUAUAGUGCGAUGCGACACAUGUUUUGGCUCAGAUUUGAGGCCGCCCGGAGACUAUAUGAAUAAAUCAGUUGGUGCUUCUGCCGUGACAACUUCGCUACCGAUAUCUUCAUUAUUUAUGUGGUCGCCGCGAUCGAAGGAACGCAGAGCAAUUUGAAUGUUUCAUCUCGA